AUGGCCCAAUCUAUCGCAUCCGGAUCAUCGUCGAAUGGGCUGGGAUACAGCUCGAAGCGGGAGAUCGCUACUGAGGAGCUGGUGGUGGAGAAGAGUGGCGGAAAAGCUGGCGGCAAGGGGGAAGACGAGCUUGAGAUCAGGAUAGAAUUUGGCGGCGGCCUCCAUCUGCUCUUCUCGCAGCAACCGAGACAUACGGUCCACCUCCCCCGACACACACCUUCCCCUGCCGCAUCCUCAGAUCCCUCUCCCGAACCAACAGCAUCAGAGGCGGCCGACAAUCAUCCAGCGACGAUGAGGGAUCUAAUAAGGCAUAUGAAGCGGACGAUAUUGAGCGAGCGGGAGGAGAUGUUUGGUGAGGGAGAUGGAGUUCGACCUGGAAUACUCGUCCUCAUCAAUGACGCAGACUGGGAACUUGAGGGAGAGCUCGAGUAUGAGCUGAAGGACAGGGAUGAGGUCGUUUUCAUAUCGACCUUACAUGGCGGAUAG